AUGAUCCAAAAAUCAGUAACUCCACGACGUAGAGGGAGAGGACAGAUUUAUCCUGGUGGAAAUGGUCGUAAAGUUGUUAAUAUUUUCCCUGCAGAACUUUUUAUUUCAGAAGGUGAGCUUGUAAAAGUAGAUGAAACUUUAACUAAUAAUCCAAAUGUAGGUGGGUUUGGUCAAGGUGAAGCAGUUCUUCAAGAUCCAUUACGUAUUCAAGGAGCAGAGAGCUGA